AUUAACAACAUUGCUAAAUAUGACGUNUUAACGGCAUAGUUACGUAAUAAACGAGGAAAUACAGGUUUAGACAGAGCAUAGCAAAUGAAUCAUUGAAGAUUUUAUCCAGUGUAUGAGUGUAGAAUAAUGGCAGAACCAGAAAAAAAGAAAGCGAGGCACCAGACAGUACUAGGUUCUUUUUUUCGUCCAAACCAGCCAAAUCAGAGUUCAAUAGAAAGCUGCAGUGCAAGUGAAGAUGCAACGGAAAUUUCCACUUCGACGCCGCCAUUAAUUUCAACGCCAAGAACUGGAUGCAGGUUCCAACAAUCAUGGAUGGAAAAUUUUCCAUGGCUUUCUUAUGACGUGGGAAAAGAUAAGGCGUUUUGCACUAUUUGUAAGUGGGCUGUUACCAACAAACAUGUUUUACUAGAGAAUUCAACGAACUUAGUACAGUCUUCGCUUCAAACUUGGGCCAUAGACGGAUAUAGUAAUUGGAAAAAGGGCAAAUCAGGAGUAGUUAAACAUAACGAAUCAAAGAGCCACAGGGACAACGCAACAACAAAGAAUGUUUGCGACGGUAGAUCAUCCACAUCUUUGUUGGUAUCAAAAAAAUCUUAUACAAAAAUGCAGCAAAAUCGCAAAGCGUUAGAUGCAAUAUUUUCCACAAUGUUGCUGCUAGCGCGCCAAGGUCUUGCCGUUCGUGGCCACACAGACGAACGUUCAAACCUGCAUGCGGUCAUGGGACUCCUUGCAAAAUAUAAUUUAGAUAUUAGUCGUUGGUUGAAUCAAUCCAGCUUCACUUGGUUAAGUCACGGAACAACAAACGAAAUACUGGACACACUAGGAAGUUCCGUUUUAAAUGAAAUAGUUAAUCCAAUCAAAAAGGCAAAAUACUUCAGCAUAAUCGCCGACGAAACCACCGACCUCUCAGUAUCAACGCAACUGAGCCUUUGUAUACGAUUUGUAAACUGUGACUUCACUGUUAAUGAACAUUUGGUGGACCUUGCAGUAUGUCCAUCAACAACUGCGGAAAGCCUACACCAGCUGCUCACCAAAGCAGUAAUAUCUUUGGGUUUGGAUUUGUCAGACUGCCGGGGCCAGGGUUACGACGGGGCCGCAACUAUGUCUGGUAUGGUGUCAGGAGUACAGGCAAGGUUUAAACAAACCUACCCCGCUAUGUUGUUUGUUCACUGCAUUGGGCACCAAUUAAACUUAGCAGUACAAGACAGUUUAAAAUAUUUGAGACAGGGUACUCACGCACUGUCUAUUUUAGAAAAUACUGUUAAUUUCAUUAACGCUUCUCCAAAGCGAUUAAACAACUUUCGGGAGUUUAAAGCCUCGUCCGAUGCCACUUCUACUUCUUUGCGACCGUUAUGUCCAACUCGAUGGGUAAUGCGACUACCGGCGAUUGAUGCCUUUCUAAAGCAAUUUUCGGUAGUUCUUGAUUGGCUGGAGACGAUUUCUAGCGACACAACAAUUGACCCUGUUACGCGAAACAAGGCAUCCAGUCACCUGAUGUCACUGGAAAAGUUUGAAGUAUAUUUCAUGUUAAGAAUAUUUCAAAAACUACUCACCAUCAUCAACCCGAUCCAUGUGGCCAUACAAAAGCGUGGGAUUAGUAUCGGUCAGGUUCGGUCUUUAAUAGAACAACUUUUAAGUACUUUAUUCGCAUCCGUGGAAGAUCGUCAGCAAGCAAUCGAUUUCUUUUUAGUCUGUGAAAGAUCUGCUGCACAAAUGGGUGUUCAAACUCCAGUUCUUCCUCGCGGCGUAGGUAGGCGUACUGCGCGAAUUCAAGCAACAAAUCACGACGACGGAACGGGCGGAUCCAUAAUUGAAUUGUAUUCCACUUUGCAUUGUAACAUCUUUCAGAAGGCAGCUGCGGCUAUUAUUUCACGGUAUUGCAUGCCCGACUUGGCUGUGGUGAGCUACAUAGAGGAGGUAUUGCUUCAUAAACAUUCUGAUGAAGCUAUGGCUAAAAUAUGUACUCUUUACCAGCAAGAUUUUAAUGCGGCUCAUUUACACGUGGAACAGGUGCAGUUGAAAAGUUACACCGCACACAAAAACUUAUCAAUCUCCGGAAUAGAAGAUUUGCGUUCCCUUUUCGCCUCUAACGAGUCUCUUGCUAUCAUGAUGCCGAACAUCAGCAAUUUAUUAAAGAUUUAUAUGACGAUACCGUGUACAACCUGCGAGGCAGAGAGAUGUUUCAGCACUCUACGCAGAAUAAAGAAUUACCUCCGGACCACCAUGACACAAAACAGACUUAAGAACUUAGUUUUACUGAAUGUUCACCAGGCAGAAGCAGCACACCUUAAUUUGGUUCCAAUUGUUAACUCGUGGAUCGACCAGGCAACAGUUCGGAAAAACACAUUUGCCCAAACGAAGCAAUAA